UUGUCUAAUUUGGCAACACUUGUCAAAGAAACGUCAAAAUGUCAAAAGGGUUUAGGUUGUUGCACUGUUGACGUCUCAUAAAAACUUUCAAAUGAUAUGGACAAUUUUAUUUAAAUUUCAACGAAUUUCCAUAAGUAGUAUAAGUCAAAAAUUGUUUCCUAAAGGUCUGAACACGAUUAAUAUGCCUUAUUACGCUGUAGCACGGGGGCGAUCAGUUGGAAUUUUUCAAACAUGGGGUGAAUGCGAGGCCCAAGUCAAAGGAUUUUCAGGAGCAAGGUAUAAAAAGUUUGAUAGCCCCCAAAGUGCUGAAGAGUUCAUAAACGCAGAAGGAGGAAGCGUUCGUCCUCCAGCCAAAAGUAAUAAGCAUCCGUAUCAGGCAUCUUAUUCAAACCCUAACCUAAAAAGAUCUUAUUCCACAACAUCAUAUGAUCGAGACGUAAGUACCUACAAACAAAAUAAUGAUAAGAAGAAACGCCUCAAACCGAAGCAGGAAUCUACUGAAAGUGAAGAUUUCUCAGAUGCGUCAGAUGACUUAGCUGAUAUAAUAAAUAAACAAAUGGAUGACAUUGAAAAAAGAGUAAACAACUUCAGUAAGGGGAUCGAUAAGAUAAUGAAGAAAAGUUCAGGGAGUGGUCCGGGUCGUAGGGCUAUAAUGAUAGAGCCACCACAGCCAAAAAAGCAUAGAUCAAAUAAUAAGGACUUUGAAGAGGAUGGUGAAGGAUAUGUUAAAGUAUACACUGAUGGUGCAUGCUCAGCCAAUGGACAAAAGGGCGCACGAGCUGGUCUUGGCGUGUUCUGGGGAGACCAGCAUCCUCUAAAUGUGAGUGAACCAGUCUCGGGCCGGGCUACUAACAAUUGUGGAGAGAUACAGGCAGCAACUUGUGCCAUCAAACAGGCUUUGGAGAAUGGAAUUUCUAAACUAGCAAUUUACACAGACUCACAGUUUCUCAUCAAUUCUGUGACCAAAUGGCUGCCAGGUUGGAAACGAAAAGGAUGGAAACUAGCAAGUGGAGAGCCAGUGAAGAAUGAGAAAGACUUUAAGGAGUUGGACAGUAUACAGCACAAGUUGCACAUAAAGUGGAUUUAUGUUGAAGCUCACAAAGGCAUCCAUGGGAAUGAGAUGGCUGACCAACUGGCACGAGCUGGUGCUGCUAUGUAUGAGCUUUGAAUAAUUGUUAUCUAUAAUCUUAAUUUGACAUAUUGUUGAUUGCAUUUUUUCUUAUAUACUUACCAUAUAAAUAAAUAAGCCGAAGAAUGUGUGUGUUUGACAGUCAAGUAGAGGUCAAUUACUUAUUUGAUAAUUUGAUUCAAUUUUGCUUGACUGACAAAUAGUUAAGCCCACAUCCACUACUUAAUUUUUUAUAUUGGUAAUGCGACCAAGGUGGUAAGUAAUUAAAUACUAUUGUCAAGGUGUAUAUGCACCUAAUGUUACAUUACUUAAGAAAAAAUUUUGGAAUGUUUUGAUGAGAGGUGGUGUUAUUAUUAGAUAAAUGAUUGUAAAAUUAAAAUAUUUAUUUUUAAAUUCCAUUCCUUUCUAUAAUAAACAGUACUUACCUAAAAGGAAAAAAGAAAUGCCUAAUCUAAUCAUAAAUAAAUAAAUAGGUCAAAACAGCCAAUAUAAUGAGGGAUUAUCUUU